GUGGUGAUGCAGCAGCUAGUGCUGGUCUGACCAAAGCAAACGCGCAGGAAUCUUCUGGCCUGAGCAUACCUGCUUCGCCAGGAGCAUUUCCGAAAGACCAGGGCUUCCCCCCUGAAUCAGCAAGCAAGGAAGGGUCGGCGCAUGAGAGGCAUUUUGACCGCAUGAGAGGGAACGCUCAAAGGAAGAAAACAGAAAUUGAC